AUGAACUCCACACACGACUACUACCGACCCUACCCUGGCUACCCCCCAGCAUCGCAGCUCGAACACCCAACUUUCCCAUCAACACCUCAGAACUGGACCCCGCCAUCAAGGAUCCAGUUACCAUCACCAAGCUCUGAAAGACAGCCAAGCACAGAGCCAGACUCGGGCACCGUUACCCCAGCACCCAAGACUCAACCCACCGGGCCAACCAAGUACGCAGACCUCCUACAGCUGUACUUGACGAUCAAAAAGGACGUCUCGUCCAAGUUCACCCUCCCCAAGCAAGAGGAAACCACAGCGCCGUGGGUCUUCCAGGCGCUGAUGCUGCUUGAUCACGCCGAGUGCGCGGCUGAAGCUCAUAUGGAGUUUGUGGAGUCGCUAGAGCAGGAGAUUCGGGCCUUGCGGGAUCUACUGGAUAGGAUGAGAGAUGCUGCUCCCUUCGAGUCGGCGGUUGCUUCGGUGAAAGAAUUGAUGGAGGAUAAUCGGCAUGAUGAGGAGGGGGUAAAGAUCGUCCAGGAGAGGGUGGAAGCCCUGGAUAGGUUCAGCACGGAUGUGGCUGUGUUGUGGUAG